AUGAGAACCCUCCGGCCCCGAGCCAGCAGCAACGAGAACCCUCCGGCCCCGAGCCAGCAGCAACGAGAACCCUCCGGCCCCGAGCCAGCAGCAACGAGAACCCUCCGGCCCCGAGCCAGCAGCAACGAGAACCCUCCGGCCCCGAGCCAGCAGCAACGAGAACCCUCCGGCCCCGAGCCAGCAGCAACGAGAACCCUCCGGCCCCGAGCCAGCAGCAACGAGAACCCUCCGGCCCCGAGCCAGCAGCUACGAGAACCCUCCGGCCCGGAGCCAGCAGCAACGAGAACCCUCCGGCCCCGAGCCAGCAGCUACGAGAAGCCUCCGGCCCCGAGCCAGCAGCUACGAGAACCCUCCGGCCCGGAGCCAGCAGCUAUGAGAACCCUCCGGCCCCGAGCCAGCAGCUACGAGAACCCUCCGGCCCGGAGCCAGCAGCAACGAGAACCCUCCGGCCCCGAGCCAGCAGCUACGAGAACGCUCCGGCCCGGAGCCAGCCGCUGCGACUAUGAGAACCCUCCGGCCCCGAGCCAGCAGCAACGAGAACCCUCCGGCCCGGAGCCAGCAGCAACGAGAACCCUCCGGCCCCGAGCCAGCAGCUACGAGAAGCCUCCGGCCCCGAGCCAGCAGCUACGAGAACCCUCCGGCCUGGAGCCAGCAGCUAUGAGAACCCUCCGGCCUGGAGCCAGCAGCUAUGAGAACCCUCCGGCCCCGAGCCAGCAGCAACGAGAACGCUUCCACCCAGGGUGUGUCUAG